AUGACAUUAGUAAUCACUAUAUCAUAAGAUUCAAAAAGCACAAAUAGUCCACCUGUUUAAGCCUUAAUAUCAUGUAAAUUAGAGUUAGAUAGCACUCCAGUGCAACCAGUACAGCGUAAGAUACCGCCAUUAUCUGCACUAUUAUUAUAAAACUAUGAACCCACUUCAACUAAAAUAGAAUCUGAAAUGUAGAAAAUAGAUCCUUCAGUGAUGUUUUAGCAAUUUUUAAAUGUAUUUCUACUGGACUGUAUCCCAUACUAAGAUGAAGUUAUUUUAAUUGGACCAGCAAGUCUUUUUGAUUAAGAAAUAUCCAAGCUGGAAUUAGAAAAUGUGCUGCAUUAAAUCAGCGAGUCAGACAAUUGA